AUUCCCUGUCUGUGCAGCGGUGCCUCGUGUUUACUGUGCCGAUGUUGUCCUAACAGCAAGAACUCAACAGUGACACGCCUUAUCUAUGCCUUCCUCCUCCUCCUCAGUACUGUUCUUGCCUGCAUUAUGCUGGCACCGGGAAUGGAACAGCAGCUGAAAAAGAUACCUGGAUUUUGUGAUGAAGGGCUUCAUACUCGGAUACCACAUAUGAAUGGCUUUGUCAGCUGCGAUGUAUUUGUUGGUUAUAGAGCUGUCUAUCGAAUCAGCUUUGCCAUGGCAGUGUUCUUCUUUCUCCUCUCUCUGCUCAUGAUACAAGUGAAAACAAGUAAUGAUCCAAGAGCUUCAGUACACAAUGGGUUCUGGUUCUUCAAAAUAGCUGCCAUUGUGGCUAUCAUGGUUGGAGCAUUUUACAUUCCUGAAGGGCCUUUCACAACAGCUUGGUUUGUUAUUGGUAUUUUUGGAGCUGCCAUCUUUAUUCUUAUCCAGCUGGUGCUUCUUGUGGACUUUGCUCACUCCUGGAAUGAGAGCUGGGUUCAAAAAAUGGAGGAGGGAAAUUCUAAAUGUUGGUAUGCAGCUCUGCUGUCCUGUACAAGCUUGUUCUAUGCCUUGUCGCUGAUUUUUGUUGUGCUCUUCUAUGUUUUCUACACAAAGCCUGAUGACUGCACUGAGAACAAGUUCUUUAUAACCAUUAAUAUGAUCCUGUGCAUUGCUGUCUCCAUUGUUUCUGUCCUUCCAAAAGUUCAGGAACGUCAUCCUCGCUCUGGCCUCCUCCAGUCCUCUGUGAUCACACUGUACACCAUGUAUCUCACUUGGUCGGCCAUGUCCAAUGAGCCUGAACGAAGCUGUAACCCAAGUUUGCUGAACAUUAUUAUCCAGGUAGCUACACCCACAAUUGUUCCGCCAAAUACCACUGUUGUACCUGCUACUCCAGCUCCGCCCAAGUCCCUACAGUGGUGGGAUGCCCAGAGUGUUGUUGGAUUGGUUAUCUUUGUCCUUUGCCUCUUGUAUUCCAGCAUUCGCUCUUCAAGUAACAGCCAGGUGAACAAGCUGACACUGUCUGGGAGUGACAGUGCCAUUCUGGAGGACACUGUGGGAACAGGCAGCGGGGCUGCAGAGGAAGGAGAAGUACGCCGUGUCAUGGAUAACGAGAAGGAUGGUGUUCAGUACAACUACACCUUCUUUCACUUCAUGCUCUGUCUUGCCUCUCUUUACAUCAUGAUGACACUCACAAACUGGUACAGCCCUGAUGCAGAUUUUAAAACAAUGACAAGUAAGUGGCCAGCCGUGUGGAUGAAGAUAGUGUCCAGCUGGCUUUGUCUCCUUCUCUAUCUUUGGACCCUAGUGGCUCCUCUUGUCCUUACUAACAGGGACUUCAGUUAAAUUACUGCAGCUGUCUGAUCUUACAAAAGUGGGGAGCUUUUUGCUGAAAGCCAAAAUGUUCAUGUAUUGCUUUAGUUACACUGUCUGUUAACUGUUUCUUAUGUUAAUAUUAACAUGCAGGUGGAUAGAAAGUUAUGUAUUGUGUAAUGCUUGGUGCAGGGUCAAAAUUGUUAUCAGUUAUCCUUCUAUUUUAACCUUCAGUCAUAGUUAUCUUAUUACUACAUUUUUAAAACUCACUAUAUCUGUGCUGUCAAAGCACAAAAUACCUGUUCUGUCCAAUAACC